AUAAAAGUAAACAACGCAUAAGAACGAAGACGAAAAUGUUAUGUAGCGACAGUAACCCGUUCGCAUUCGGAGUCUCUCAUUUUUUGUGAUUCAUAAUGCAUGAAGGAUUUAUAUCCCAAUAAGGAAAGGGGCAAGGUUAGAGACAGGCUGAAAACCGAUUUAGCUAUGUUAGCUAUCAGGGCGGCGGAGGAGGAGUCCACUGACAUGGAGGAGAUGGACACCUCGGAACCGAACUGGUGCUGGUUCUACCUGGCUGAGUGUGGAGUGUGGCAUAUGUUCGAGAUUGAUCCCAGUGCGGCCUGCUCUGUGACCAGUGCUCAGAUUGAGCAGUGCUACAGCCGAAACCAGCGAGGUGUGAUGGAGUUCUACACAGCCAAGUACACCUACAGACUGGACUUCUCAGCAAUGCGACAGAUCAAUGUAACGACAGGGAAGCAGCGGCCAAUCAAACGAUCCCUCCACUCUGCAACUGGCUUCCGGUUUAUCUGUGAUAAUCUGGCCUUGCCUGUACCUUGUCAUUGGGAGAGAAUCAAUACAGAUGAACCUUUUCAGCUCAUCCAGCUCGGAAGAGACACCUAUGAAUUUAAAGAAGUUGCCAGAUUAUAUGAAAGGACUAUGGAUCAUCCCAUCAAAUCCAUCCAGAGGAUUCAGAACUUGGAUUUAUGGGAAUUCUUCUGCAGGAAGAAAACACAGUUGCGAAAAGUCAAGCGCACAUUGGAUAUUGAGGAGCGAAUGCUGUUUCACGGCACAGGGCACAGCAACAUACAAGCUAUAUGUACAUUUAACUUUGACUGGCGGCUGACAGGAAGCCAUGGCGAUGUCUAUGGCAAAGGGAGCUACUUUGCCCGGGACGCCAAAUACUCCAGUAAGUUUUGUCACACCACAGGGAAGCACAACAACGUCCUGCAGCGACACGGACUCGCCCCCCCAAUAUUUGCUACGGAGCCCCCUUACAAGACCAUGUUCCUGGCCAGAGUGCUGGUUGGAGAACACACAGUGGGUCACCCUAUGUACUGCAGACCCCCCUCCAAGGAUGCCAGCUUCACCAACUUCUUUGACAGUUGUGUGGACGAUAUGGCCAAUCCAAAGAUCUUUGUCCUUUUCGACAGCAAUCAGAUUUACCCGGAGUAUCUGAUCGAGUUCUACUGAAGCUUAAAAAGAAUACUUUUUGUUUUUUUAUAGAGGCUGGUUCUCGAACAAAGAAAAAAUAAAGACACUAUCACAUGACGGGAUGAAUAUUGGAAAAAAGAAGCGGCUUAAGAGACAUUUGUUUUUUCCUUCAGUCAGAUCCGGUGCCUAACUGGAGCAUAAAGUGCCUUUGGGGAAAUCAGAAAGACAAUAGAGACUUUGUGUGGAGUUUGUACAACACAUUCUAAGUGUUUCUGCAACGUCGAAAGAAAAAAGAAGUCGGUCAAUGUGGCAAUUUUUUAUAAAAUGCAAAAAUCUGUGCUCACUUGUCCACUCUCCGUGUCCAGUUGUUUAAAAUAGGAGGGACAGUUGCAGCCUUUAGGUCACACGUGAUGUUCCGCCAUCAGCCACAGCCUCUCCUUCACAUCCACAGUGCCACGCUUGAGCUUAUUUAUGUUCAUUUAGACAUCAUUCCAAAUGACCAAACCAAAAACCAUUCCUGCAGUGCUAACUCAUUCAUCCCGUCAGUGCUCAUCAUCUGUGAUGUUUUAUGUAGGCAUGGAUUUCCUUUUUGUUCUUGUUU